GGACGUGCACCAUCACCUCUCAGAUCCUCUCGGGAUGGGCUACUGAUUUUCCAGGACUCAGGAGUCCUCCAGGAGACCUUUCUUUUCCUGACAUCAUCCCUCUUCCUGUCAUAAUCCCAGAGCUCAUCUCUCCUCUUUGGCAUGAAGGUUGACCUAAAGCAGCUUCCAAGAUGUCCCAGCAACACACUGUGCCAGUGACCCUGCCUCCUGCCCUCAGUCAGGAGCCCCUCAAGCCUGUUUCUCCUCCCACCAAUAGUCAUCAGGAGCAAGUGAAGCAGCCAACUCCGCUGCCUGCCCUAUGCCAGAAGACAUCCUUGGAGCUCCUAGGGAAGGGCCCUGUGGAGCUCGAGGAGAAACACACAACUCUUGUGAAAGAGGUGCCCAAGCAAGAAUGUGAGCCACAGCAACAGGAGCCACAGAAGCAGGAACAGCAUGUGGAACAGCAGCAGCAAGAGUCACAGGAGCAAGAACAGCAUGUGAAACAGCAGCAGCAGCAGCAGCAAGAGUCACAGGUGCAGGAACUGCAUGUGGAACAGCAGCAGCAGCAAAAAUCACAGGAGCAAGAACAGCAUGUGGAACAGAAGCAACAGCAGCAAGAGUCACAGGUGCAGGAACUGCAUGUGGAACAGCAGCAGCAGCAAAAAUCACAGGAGCAAGAACAGCAUGUGGAACAGCAGCAGCAGCAGCAAGAGUCACAGGUGCAGGAACUUCGCAUGGAACAGCAUGUGGAACAGCAGCAGCAAGAGUCACAGGAGCAAGAACAGCAUGUGAAACAGGAGCAGCAGCAGCAGCAAGAGUCACAGGUGCAGGAACUGCAUGUGGAACAGCAGCAGCAGCAAAAAUCACAGGAGCAAGAACAGCAUGUGGAACAACAGCAGCAGCAAAAAUCACAGAAGCAAGAACAACAUGUGGAACAGCAGCAGCAGCAAGAGUCACAGGUGCAGGAACUUCACGUGGAACAGCAUGUGGAACAGAAGCAGCAGCAAGAGUCACAGGUUCAGGAACUGCAUGUGGAACAGCAGCAGCAGCAAAAAUCACAGGAGCAAGAACAGCAUGUGAAACAGCAGCAGCAGGAGCCACAGGAGCAGCAAGUACAGCAGCUAAAGGGACAGCUGGAACAGGAGAAUAAGGUCUUGGGCCAGCAACUGGAUCAAGAGCUAGCAAAGAGAGAUGAGCAACUGGAAAAGAAAGGGGAGCAGCUGCUGGAACAGCAGGAGGGGCAGCUGAAACAGUCUGUGUUUGUUCCAGCUCCCGGCCAGGUCCAAGAGACCCACCCAGUCCAGCCACUAAAGGGAGAAGUCUUGCCCCCUGAAGAAGCAGGAGGUGUAGUGCCCCCCAAACAUAAGUAACCAUCCCCAGUGUCCCAGAGGCCCCUGGAAAUCCCACACAAGUGAAGAAAGAGCCAGUGGCCUGGCUUACCUCCAGUCCCCAGCCUGCAUGGCCCGCCUCAUCUGUGAACCUGCCUGACCCUGUCCCUCUGCAUGUCUCUUUGAUGGGGGUGGGGUAAGUUAUUGCCCAGUACCGAUCCCUGAUAAGCCCAAUCCCAACCUCAGGUGUCCAGAGCCUCUGCCUGAGGAGACAGUGACUACAGCAACUCUGACUGCAUCCCCACUAUUAUAGCUGAAUCUGUGAGUGUGUAUAGUAAUACAGAAUAAAUCCUGGAAGGCCUGG